AGAUCGAGAUCAAUCUCAGCAUCACCGAAUCAUGUACAGUGAUCAAUGGCUCUGAAAAAGCAGUAGACUUUUGGAAUCAAUGCAGGUUUCGGAUAUCUGUCAUUUUUCAGAUACCAGGAAUGGGAAUCUUCCAUUUUAAUGCAAACCCAUUUUUUUUAGAUUGGAAGCCCCUUAACAAGAAGAUGCAAACUUCAAAUAGGCAAAUCUUGGAGAACAAAAGAAUGAGGAUUGAAGAUGAUAGGCCUCACUUUUUUAAGAUCAUCCGUGGAGAAGAUGUCAAGAAGCAUUUGCGGAUCCCUCCAGCUUUCAUCAAGCAUCUGGCUGGAGACGUCUCCGAUAGAGCAACCCUAACGUGUUCUUCCGGUGGCCAUUGGGGUGUUACAGUGUGGAAGAAUCCAAAUGGGACCUAUCUUGAGGAUGGGUGGAAGGAGUUUAUGAGAGAGAACAACUUAGGGGACGAUGAGUUCUUGGUCUUUAUAUAUGAUGGGGAUAUGCGUUUCCAAGUCAAAAUUUUCGAGAAGAAUGGAGUCAAAAGAUCGGCCCCCAUCUCUGAUAACCCAACAGAAGAAGAAACAGGAGCCAGUAGUGGAAAACGGUCUCGGGGUAGGCCAAGGAAAUACCCAGUUGGCUCCCUGCAGGGCCCUGUUGAAAGUUCUGUUGAAAGUUCAAGGACUCAGAAAACUAGGUCUUUCACCUCCAAAUUUCCUUACUUUGAGUGUCUCAUGACCAAGUCCUGUGUGGAGAAAUCUUUUCUCCUGACCAUUCCCAAAGCCUUCUCUCACUCACACUUUCCCCCAGCAAAGCUGAAGGUUGUCCUCAGGAACUCAGCAGGGAAAACUUGGGAAGUGAACUGCAUCUACCAUGCAAAAAGACAUUCCUUGUCUGGAGGGUGGAGUACCUUUGUACGUGAAAACAGUCUCAAGCAAGGUGGCACCUGCCGAUUUGAGCUUGUUGAAAAAAAUGUAAUGCAGCAAAGCACCAAAGAUGGUCUGAAUUUUCCGGCGGAAGUAACAAUGCCGGAGCAGGAAACACUUGACCAUAGCCAUUGUCGCCGGCCCAGUUCUCAGCCGACGAGGUCUUUGCUUUUCUACAAGCUCAUUGUCUCAUCCAUUCUACAGGCCAAGAGACUGAGGAUCCCACAGAAGUUUGUCAAGAAAUCUGGGGAUCAACUUUCUGCUGUUAUAACUCUUACUCUUCCCAAUGGUGGUGUUUGGUAUGUGGGUUUAACGAAAGCUGACAACAAGUUCUGGUUCUACCAUGGCUGGCAUGAAUUUGUAGAAUAUUACUCUAUCCGUCUUGGGUACUUUUUAAUCUUCAGAUAUGAAGGAAAUUCGAAUUUCAAUGUUAACAUAUUUGACUUGACUGCUUCUGAGAUAAACUAUCCAUCUAAUAAUCUUAGAAAUUCUGAGAAAACCAGCCAUGGCAAGCAAUGUCCUGCAUCUGAUGGGGAAGAAAUGAAUGAUGAUGAUGAUGAUAAUGACUCUGUUGAAAUUUUGGGUACUGCUUCUCCUGUUUCUUUGAGAAAUAAAGUCUUUGAUGAAUGCAUAGAUCAGCAACCCCUUGGUAAAAAUUACAAUGAAAAUUUGCAUCUGGCAAAAGAUGCUAAUAAUUUACAAGUCACGAUUCGGUCUACCCGAGACAUAGGCAUUCAAUUCAACAGCAGUGAGCUAACAAAUUCUGAAUGUGAAGUGGGAUUGCUUCGUUUGGAUGAAGCAAAUGGAAAAACAUAUAGAACCAAAUCAAAAAGGAAAAGAAAUGAACCUGAUGCAAAUGAAUCAUCAGCCAAACACAAAGAUGAAGUAGAAAUGCCUGACCUUAAAACUUCUGCGGAAACUUCAAAGCAGAGGUGGAGAGUUGUAACAAUGGAGGAAAAGAAGAGGGCACUUCAUGCCGCAGAAAUGUUCCAGCCUAGUAAUCCAUUCUGCAGGGUUAUCUUGCGACGAUCCUAUGUGCAUGAGAGGUUCCUCCUGCAUAUGCCAUCCAGGUUUGCAGAAAAGUAUCUCAAUGGGGUCUCAAAAUUCAUCAAACUCCAGACCUCUGAUGGGAAACAGUGGCAUGUUCGAUGCCUUUCUGGGGAGAGUCGAGUUAAAUUAAGUAAGGGAUGGACUGAAUUUGUUAAGGACAAUAAUUUGGAGGAAGGCGAUGUUUGUGUCUUUGAGCUCAUCAAUAUGGAGGAUGUUGUUCUGAAAGUUUCCAUAUUUCGUGUCCUUGAUGAUGCAAGAGUGGAGACUCAAUCUUCAAACUGAAGGCCUGGCAGAACUUAACUUAUUCGAAAUCCAAUGAUCGGUAAUUUUGGAAUUGCUAGGCUUUAUCAGGUAUCUCUUUUGUUUUAAAAAUCUGUAUAUAUAUAUAUGCCUUUAAUGGGGCUGUACAGUGAUUUUCCGAUCAAUGAAAAUAUUGGACUGGACCAGAAUAGCAUAUCUUAGUUGCAGACAAAAAUCUUGAGAACUGAGAGUACUCAGUGCAGUAGUAGAGAUCAAUAUUAGCAGGUUGAGUAUUUAUUUUCUGUUCAUCUGUUUAAUUUCUUACGAAUAUUUGAUGUUUGAAGGAAUUAGAAUGUUGAAGAAUGACCAUGAAAGGAAGCCACUUGUAAGCUUCAUCCUUUACCUGUUUUUUUCAUAGGGCAAGAAAAUAUGUUGGAAAACCUUCAUAGUGUGGGAUCCAAAUGUCUUAACAUUGCUGUACAAGAAUAUAUUUCCUUUCAGUAACAUAGUUGAUUUUUUUUUUCUAAAUUAUUUUCUUUUGAUAUUUUAGCUGUCAUUUUUCAAGAAACAAGAUGAAUAAACCAGCCAUAUUCAGUUACUUACAGAAUUUUUGAAGAACUCAAUCAUGGAUUCUUUGAUGUGGAAGAAAUGGAAGAUGAUGAUGACCCUUCAAGUCUUGGAUUCUGCUUCUCUUGUUUCUUAAACAGUCUUUGAUGAAUAUGUAGAUCAGCAGACACUUGGUAGAAGUUACAGCAGAACAAAACCCUUGAACUUUUACAAAUGAGGCUGAUGGGGCAAACAUCAUGAGGCCAAUGACACAGAUGAUCAAUGAACAGAAGCUGGGUAUACUUGAGAUACAGGUAUUAAUUAUUUCAAUGGCAGCAAGCCUAGGAAUUCUGCUUUUGAAGCUGGGUUGCAUUGCCUGGAUGAAGCAAAAUCAAGGAACUCAAAGAAAGAGAAGAAAAAGAAACAUGGGAAGCUCUUUAAAGCCUCUUUCAUUGGUGCUUUUAACAGAAAAUCCCACCAAAAUUUGUCAACAUUUUCCGGGAUGAACUUACUGCUUCUGCUACUCUCACUACUCCCAUGGGUCAAGUUUGGCCUGUGAGAUUGGAAAAGGCUUCUGACAACAGCUGUUGGAUCUGUGAUGGUUGGCAAGAAUUUGCAGAACAUCACUCCAUUGGUUGUGGGUACUUUUUAGUCUUUGGAUAUGAAGGGGUUUCAAAUUUCAGAGUUUCUGUAUUUGAUUUGACUGCUUGUGAGAUUAGGUAUCCAUGUAACCCUUCUAAUGGUUCUCAAAAUCCAUAUAAUGGCAAGCAAUCUUCAGUCCAUCCUGAAGAAGAAAUGCAGGAUGAUGUUUCUGUUGAAAUCUUGGGUUCCUCUCCUCCAUGGCAGCCUCUUACUUCUUUGAGAGAGGGCAUUUUUGAUGUAUGUGUAGGUCAGCAAAUACACAGAAGAGGUUCCAAUCCUUUGGGAAGCAAGAAGCAUAAAAAAACUAAGCAUGGUUGUUUCAGAGGAAGCAAGAAGUGCAAAAUAGAAGAUCAUGUGGAGUCAACUAGGGUUGAUCACUUGAAUCCAUCGAGCUCUAGAAUCUUUAACUCACAUGGCUUAUCGUUGGGGAAGGCCAAAGCAAAAUAUAGAAAUCAUAAUCAAACAGAUUGUGAGGACUCAUUGAUCAAAAACAGGAAGGAAGCAAAGACAAAUGCUAGAACUCUAUUGCCAAAGAGAUGUGGAAGAACUAAAAGCAGGGAGAGGAUUAUUCAUGCUGCUAGAAUGCUUAAGCCUGCAAACCCUUCCUUCACUAUUAUCAUGAAGCCAUAUAAGAACAGACUCCUGUAUGUGCCUACUGAAUUUGGUAGAAAGUAUUUAAAGAGGAAAUCAAUCAAACUUGAGGAUUCUACGGGAAGACAGUGGCUGCUCUCAUGCCUUUUGAACGGAGGCAGAAACAUAAGGCUAAGCAAGGGUUGGCAUGAAUUUGUGGAAGAGAAAAAUCUGAAAGAAGGAGAUGUCUGUGUCUUUGAGCUGGUGCAGAGGGAGGAUGUUGUGCUGAAGGUGUCCAUAUUUCAAUGGUGAACAAAACCUCAAGUCUGAAUCAAUAUUCUGCAUUGCUGGUUCAAUGUGAAAUCAUACUGACUACAAUUUCAUGUCGAGUUACUUUUUGAAUUGCCAAGCUUGAUCAGUAAUCUAUGCCCUUUUUUAGUUGUUAUCUUAUUCGCAUGAGCACUGAAUUUUUCUUCAAGUUUUUCACUG